AUAAAUUAUUUCAUGGUCAGAUAUGUAAGUAGGCUAUAAUGGUUGCGCUAUUGGUCCUAUGACAGGCUGUAAUAUACCACAGUCUAACCGCACGCUCGGAAUGGGAAAUUAUAGUUUUGAGUAAUUAUGUAUAGGCUAUGUUAUUCAAGAAUUAAACUAAAGUAAUGAGUCUUAAUGUUCACAACAAUUCAAAUUAAACUGAGAGACAGUUAUUCGAGCUAGAUUAAACAAAACUCGUCCGCAAAAUAAGCUUUAACAUAUUUGUAGCCUACGUUUCCUGUUGUCAACUAGACUACAGUAUAAAGCUAUGUAGGCUAAAGAAAAGCUUGAAUUCGUGUCAUCACAAGUUGAUGAUGCAAAUUCAAGCGUUACUUUAUAGCCUAGCCCUUAGCCAUCUCAAAAUCGAAACCAAAAUUCAUGUUUGUCAUGUUGCUGGCGACGCUGCUGUCAAGAAGUUGCGAAUAGGCUGUCUCUGCUGUACGCAGUUAGUCUGUUAUAUUAGAGAAAGAAGGAAGAUGGGUAGCAUUCUCGCACUACAUCUGUUGGUUUCACUAUUGCAGUUUUCACAAAAUAUGGCAUGGACAGAUUACGAAGCAGUCAGCAUCCUCGCCUACACCAGGUUGACUAGCAGGGACUCCGUGGAACAAGGAGUACUCGUCCUCGUGAAUGAGGCUGUUUUUGCAUACUUUAACGCCACUGAGAAAACCUUCCUGCUUCGGCCUACUGCGAUGGCAGGCUUUUCUGUACUGGAAGCAAAAGAACGUAUGUAUUGUGUGUCUGAGGUCAUCAACGCCUUUCCACGCCAACAAGACUAUCUGGACAAGUUGAUCAAGCAGACUAAUGGUGCCAAGCCGCCUAAACUGAGCCCUUCAGUUAAUGUAUACAGCCAUUUUCCUGCAAUGCCAGGAAGUCCUAACUACCUCUACUGCUAUGCCACUGGCUUCUACCCUGGAGAUAUAGAGAUCAGCUUUGUUCUCAAUGGACGUCCAUUCCCUGGUCCUACAGAGUCUUCUGAUUUAGUGUAUGGGGAGGACUGGACCUUCAGAGUGUUUAAAUAUAUCAGCAUCCUCCCCCUACCCGGAGAGGUGUAUGAGUGCUUUGUCAACCACAGCAGCCUCGCUCAACCUAAAAUAACUGUCUGGCGGCCAGAAGUGUCAAAGACGAUUGGGGCAUCCGUUUGGUUGACCGCUGUGGUGGCUGCAGCUUGUGGGGGAGCAUUGGGCUGCUUCAUGUCUGUGUUUGUAUGGAGACAGAGAAAUGUUACAAAGUAGGAAAAAACAUUAAUAUUACUUAUAUUAUCUUGUUUUUUCCAAACCUUCCUACUUUUUGUGUUUUUUUUGUCAUAAGUAAUCAAAACAGCAAAACUAUGGUUAAUGAUUAAAGGCUAAUGGAACUGGUGUGUGACAUAAAGAUUUCAGCUUUUCAGAUUUUUCAGGUUGUGAGGUAAGGUGAUCAGAUAAGGAUGUUGAUCAACAUAGCAUAUUGGAUGUCAAAUAGAUCUCCCACAUUUUUCUGUCAACAAAAUAACUUAAAAACAAAGCAACACAAAGAUGUACUUCAGUUUGGAAAGUCCAUUACAAAUAGCACAUUCCCAGGUUGUGUGGCAAACAUGAUAUUAAAGGAUUUAGUGACAUCUACCUGUGAGGUUGCACCCAACUGAAUACAUCUUAUUUUCCAUUUCCAAAUGAGUAGAAGCUAUGGUGACUGCCAGAUGCCAUAUAAAAUGUCACCGGUCGCCGAUCACGUGAAAAUCGGCCGAUUCCGGUCACCAGCCGAUCUAUCGGUGCAUCUCUACUUCUUAGCUCAAUUGGUGCAAGUGACAAAUAGGGCAGGCUACAUAGUUGUCAUUGAGAACUUCAAUUGACCAAACCUGAUCAGGGCCCAAUCAGUGCAUUUCUUUCUCCUAUGUCAUUGUGGUAGAAAUUUUGGAUUAAUAACAAAUCUUAUGCAAUAGAAGUGAUUACUAAUAAGUUUAUAUUAGAAGUGAAUACUAAUCUACAUAGAGGUGAUUAACAUUAGCCUACAUGUUCAUAUAUUAUGUGUAUGCUUUUCUUUACAUUCGAUACUGUGCAUCAACUUUGCUUUGUCAUUUGCUCUCUCCAUGUCACGACUUUCUAAUAAAGGUCAUGCGACCCCUUUGCCUCGAGUUAAAGAUCUCAA